CCACAGUUUCUUCUUUCUUUCCAUCCGUCAACUCGCUCACCGCCGGGAUGUCGCCGGUACAAGGAGCUCACGUACCCCUCUUGUCGGGAUCGACGGGUGCUACGCCGGCGACCGUGUCCGGCGCCGUGUUCAAUGUGGCCACGAGCAUAAUUGGCGCUGGGAUCAUGUCUCUUCCGGCGACUCUGAAGGUUCUUGGUGUGAUUCCGGCGUUCGUGUUGAUUCUGGUGAUCGCUUUUCUGGCUGAAGUAUCGGUGGACUUUCUCAUGAGGUUUACACAUUCCGGCGAAACGAUGACGUAUGCUGGCGUCAUGAGAGAAUCGUUUGGACCCGUAGGAGCAUUUGCAGCUCAACUCGCUGUCGUAAUUACUAAUUUCGGCUGUUUGAUUAUGUAUCUAAUUAUCAUUGCGGAUGUGUUUUCUGGAAAUCAACUUGAAGGGGAGGUACACUUCGGUGUUUUGCAACAAUUGUUUGGAAUUCAAUGGUGGAACUCACGGGAAUUUGCUCUGUUCGUUAUAUUGGUUUUGAUUUUGCUUCCAUUGGUCUUGUACCGUCGCGUAGAGUCCUUGAAGUUCAGUUCUGCACUAUCAACCGUUCUUGCCAUUGCCUUUGUUACAAUAUGUACUGUAUUGGCAAUUGUUGCUAUUGUAGAAGGAAAAACACAGUCCCCUAGAUUGUUUCCACGUUUGGACCACCAUACCUCUUUCUUUGACCUGUUCACUGCAGUUCCAGUCAUAGUCACAGCCUACACAUUUCAUUUCAAUGUACAUCCAAUUGGGUUUGAGCUUGCAAAGCCAUCCGACAUGACAACAGCAGUUCGAAUAGCAUUGCUACUUUGUGCUGUCAUAUAUUUCUUCAUAGGCCUAUUUGGAUAUCUCUUGUUUGGUGAUUCAACACAAUCUGAUAUUCUAAUAAAUUUUGACCACAACACCGGUUCUGCACUUGGUUCCUUACUCAACACUUUAGUCCGUUUAAGCUAUGCAUUUCACGUUAUGUUGGCUUUCCCUCUCCUUAAUUUCUCUUUGAGAGCCAACAUAUAUGAAUUCUUCUUCCCCAAGAAGCCUUUGCUAGCUACAGACACCAAGAGAUUUGUGAUCCUCACUUUAUUGCUGCUUGUCUUGAGCUACAUUGUUGCCAUUGCUGUCCCAGAUAUUUGGUACAUCUUUCAGUUUAUGGGAUCAACAUCUGCAGUGUGCCUUGCCUUUGUCUUCCCUGGUUCAAUUGUUCUAAGGGAUUCUCAUGGUAUAUCAUCAAGAAAGGACAAAAUUAUAGCACUGGUUAUGGUUAUACUAUCUUUAAUUACAAGUGUGAUUGCUAUCUCCACCAACAUAUUCAAAGCUUUUCAGUAGUUGGUCGUAAAUUUGUGCCUUUUUUUUCUCCCCCCUAUAUACAGAAAUUUUGAUUAGGAAAAGAAUGAGACUGGAAGAGAGAGACGGAAAGAGAAUUCUAGACUAAACAAUUCGUGUAUGUAGAAGAAAAUAUAUAGAUAUGUAAAAUGUGAAAUUCCAAGCAUGCAUCCAUAAUGAGAUCCAAAUAUACAGUUGAAGGGACAUGCAUAUAAUAUGAGGUCCAAAUUUAACUGUUGAAAGGUGACAAAGACUGGCCACCAUAUCAUGCAAGAAUCCAUAGAGCGACUACACUAUUUCUGGUUGUCACGUAUUGGAUGUUAGUACCUAUUAAUAGAACAGAUCUUGUAGCCCUACUCACUUUCAAUGGUACAUGUAUUUAU